AGUGGCAUGCAAUGGAUCCCAAAUAUCAGCGUGUGGCGCUAAAUGAUGGUCACUUCAUGCCCGUAUUGGGAUUUGGCUCCUAUGCACCUCCAGAGGUUCCGAGGAACAGAGUUGUGGAGGUCACCAAAUUAGCAAUAGAAGCUGGCUUCCGCCAUAUUGAUUCUGCUUAUUUAUACAACAAUGAGGAACAAGUUGGACUGGCCAUCCGAAGCAAGAUUGCAGACGGCAGUGUGAAGAGAGAAGACAUAUUCUGCACUUCAAAGCUUUGGUGCACUUUCUUUCGACCACAGUUGGUCCAACCAGCCUUGGAAAGCUCACUGAAAAAACUUCAACUGGACUAUGUGGACCUCUAUCUUAUUCAUUUCCCAAUGGCUCUCAAGCCAGAUGAGACGCCACUACCAAAAGAUGAAAAUGGAAAAGUAAUGUUCGACACAGUGGAUCUCUGUGCCAUAUGGGAGGCCAUGGAGAAGUGUAAGGAUGCAGGAUUAGCCAAGUCCAUUGGGGUGUCAAACUUCAACCGCAGGCAGCUGGAGAUGAUCCUCAACAAGCCAGGACUCAAGUACAAGCCCGUCUGCAACCAGGUGGAAUGUCAUCCUUGACUCAACCAGAGAAAAACUGCUGAUUUCUGCAAGUCCAAAGACAUUGUCCUGGUUGCCCAUAGUGCUCUGGGAACCCAACGACAUAAACUAUGGGUGGACCAGAACUCCCAGUUCUUUGAGGACCUAGUUCUUUGCGCCUUAGCAAAGAAAAACACAAACGAUCCUCAGGCCCUGAUUGCCCUGCGCUACCAGCUGCAGCGUGGGGUUGUGGUUCUGGCCAAGAGCUACAAUGAGCAGCGGAUCAGAGAAAAUGUCCAGGUUUUUGACCCAGUUGACUUCGAGGAUAUGAAAGUUAUAGAUGACCUAAACAGAAAUUUUCGAUAUGUUGUCAUGGAUUUUCUUGUGGACCACCCUGAUUAUCCAUUUUCAGAUGAAUAUUAGCAUAGAGGGUGUUGUAC